GGCGGCGGUCCCGGCGGGACCCGCGCCCUCCCGCACGAUGUCGGCGCAGGGCAAGUUCAAGAAGGACAAAGAGAUCAUCGCCGACUACGAGGCGCAGGUCAAAGAAAUCCGAACGCAGCUGGUGGAGCAGUUCAAAUGCCUGGAGCAGCAGUCGGAGUCGCGCCUGCAGCUGCUGCAGGACCUGCAGGAGUUCUUCCGCAGGAAGGCCGAGAUUGAGCUGGAGUACUCCCGGAGCCUGGAGAAGCUGGCUGAACGCUUCUCCUCCAAGAUCCGCAGUUCCAGAGAGCACCAGUUCAAAAAAGAUCAGCACCUCCUUUCCCCUGUGAACUGCUGGUACCUGGUCCUGACGCAGACCCGGCGGGAGAGCCGAGACCACGCCACCCUGAACGACAUUUUCAUGAACAACGUCAUCGUGCGGCUGUCGCAGAUCAGCGAGGAUGUCAUCAGGCUCUUUAAAAAGAGUAAGGAGAUUGGCCUGCAGAUGCAUGAAGAACUCCUGAAAGUCACCAAUGAGCUGUACACGGUGAUGAAGACCUACCACAUGUACCACGCAGAGAGCAUCAGCGCCGAGAGCAAGCUGAAGGAGGCGGAGAAGCAGGAGGAGAAGCAGUUCAACAAGUCAGGGGAUAUCAGCGUGAACCUGCUGCGGCACGAGGACCGGCCUCAGCGGCGCAGCUCCGUCAAGAAGAUUGAGAAGAUGAAAGAGAAGAGACAAGCCAAGUAUUCUGAAAACAAGCUGAAGUGUACUAAAGCCAGGAACGACUACCUGCUGAACCUGGCAGCCACCAACGCCGCCGUCAGCAAGUACUACAUCCACGAUGUGUCCGACCUCAUCGAUUGCUGUGAUCUGGGGUUCCACGCCAGCCUUGCUCGGACCUUCAGGACGUACCUGUCUGCCGAGUACAACCUGGAAACCUCCCGCCACGAGGGCCUGGACAUCAUUGAGAAUGCUGUGGACAACCUGGAUGCACGGAGCGACAAGCACACCAUCAUGGACAUGUGCAACCAGGUCUUCUGCCCGCCACUCAAGUUCGAGUUCCAGCCGCACAUGGGGGAUGAGGUGUGUCAGGUGAGCGCCCAGCAGCCUGUGCAGACCGAGCUGCUGAUGAGGUACCACCAGCUGCAGUCACGACUGGCCACCCUCAAGAUAGAGAACGAAGAGGUACGGAAAACGCUGGAUGCCACAAUGCAGACCUUGCAGGACAUGCUGACAGUGGAAGAUUUUGACGUUUCAGAUGCCUUCCAGCACAGCCGCUCCACUGAGUCCGUCAAAUCAGCUGCGUCGGAGACCUACAUGAGCAAAAUCAACAUCGCCAAGAGGAGAGCCAACCAGCAGGAGACAGAAAUGUUCUAUUUCUCAAAAUUUAAGGAGUAUCUGAAUGGCAGUAACCUCAUCACAAAGCUGCAGGCUAAACACGACCUGCUGAAGCAGACCCUGGGAGAAGGUGAAAGAGCUGAGUGCGGAACAACCAGGCCCCCAUGUCUUCCCCCUAAGCCACAGAAAAUGAGGAGACCUAGGCCUCUCUCAGUCUAUAAUCAUAAACUCUUUAACGGCAAUAUGGAAACGUUCAUUAAGGAUUCGGGACAGGCCAUUCCACUUGUCGUAGAGAGCUGCAUCCGCUACAUCAACCUGUACGGCCUCCAACAGCAGGGCAUCUUCAGAGUCCCUGGCUCCCAGGUGGAAGUCAACGACAUCAAGAACUCGUUUGAGAGAGGUGAAGAUCCCCUCGCUGAUGAUCAGAAUGAACGGGACAUUAACUCAGUGGCUGGAGUCUUGAAGCUGUAUUUCCGAGGACUGGAAAACCCCCUCUUUCCUAAGGAAAGGUUUCAAGAUUUGAUAUCUACCAUAAAAAUGGAGAACCCCGCUGAGAGAGUGCACCAGAUCCAGCAGAUCGUCGUCACUCUGCCUCGGGCUGUCAUCGUGGUCAUGAGAUACCUCUUUGCUUUCCUUAACCACCUGUCGCAGUACAGCGAUGAGAACAUGAUGGAUCCCUACAACCUGGCCAUCUGCUUCGGGCCCACGCUGAUGCACAUUCCCGACGGGCAGGAUCCGGUGUCCUGCCAGGCCCACGUCAAUGAGGUCAUCAAAACCAUCAUCAUUCACCACGAGGGAAUCUUCCCCAGCCACCGAGAGCUGGAAGGGCCUGUCUACGAGAAGUGCAUGACUGGAGGGGAGGAGUACUGCGACAGCCCGCACAGCGAGCCAGGCACCAUCGACGAGGGGGACCACGACAACGGGACGGAGCCGCACACCAGCGACGAUGAGGUGGAGCAGAUUGAAGCUAUAGCCAAGUUUGACUACAUUGGACGAUCUCCACGGGAGCUCUCCUUCAAGAAAGGGGCCUCACUCCUGCUGUACCAUCGGGCAUCAGAAGACUGGUGGGAAGGAAGACACAACGGGGUGGAUGGGCUUAUCCCCCACCAGUACAUCGUGGUGCAAGACAUGGAUGACGCGUUCUCUGACAGCCUGAGCCAGAAGGCAGACAGCGAGGCGAGCAGUGGGCCACUGCUUGAUGAUAAAGCCUCCUCCAAGAACGACAUCCAGUCUCCAACGGAUCAUAUCAUGGACUAUGGCUUCGGGGGAGUGAUGGGCAGGGUGAGGUUGAGGUCUGACGGCGCAGCCAUCCCUCGGCGCCGCAGCGGGGGAGACACCCACAGCCCGCCCCGAGGGAUGGGGCCUGGCAUAGACACCCCUCCUCGAGCAGCAGCCUGCCCCAGCAGCCCCCACAAGAUCCCCCUCAACAGGGGCAGGAUCGAGAGUCCUGAGAAGCGCAGGAUGGCGACGUUUGGCAGCGCGGGCAGCAUCAAUUUUCCAGACAGGAAGACCCUGGCUGAUGGCCACCCCCUGAGAUCAACCUGUGGGUCCACCCGGCACAGCAGCCUUGGAGACCAGAAAUCUCUGGAAGCAGAAGCUCUUGCUGAGGACAUCGAGAAGACCAUGAGCACGGCACUGAACGAGCUGCGGGAGCUGGAGAGGCAGAACACGGCCAAGCAGGCCCCCGACGUGGUCCUGGACACGCUGGAGCCCAUGAAGAACCCGCCAAUGGGCGCCGCCAACUCGGAGCCGGCCAGCCCCCUGCACACCAUCCUGAUCCGGGACCCCGACGCGGCCAUGCGGCGCAGCAGCAGCUCCACCACCGAGAUGAUGACCACCUUCAAGCCGGCACUGUCGGCCCGGCUGGCCGGGGCGCAGCUGCGGCCGCCGCCCAUGCGGCCGGUGCGGCCGGUGGUGCAGCACCGCUCCAGCAGCAGCAGCAGCUCGGGGGUGGGCAGCCCUGCUGUCACCCCCACCGAGAAGCUCUUCCCCAGCGGCUCGGUGGAUAAAUCGGGCACCAUGUAGGCUGGGGCGCGGGGACCGCAGUGGGAGAGCCGGGGCCCGGAUGGCGGGAGUGGGGCCCGACACGGCAAAGCCUCUCUGGGCCAAGCCGGGGGUCAGAGCCCUGCUGGGGGGAGCCUCUCCAAAAGGGAACACAUGCAUAGCCUGGGCCUGGUGCUGUACAUACGUGAGUGUGUGUAUAUGUACAUAUGUGUGCACACACCCUCUCCAUGCAGAAACACUUCCCGAGCUUGCAGUCCUACGGCAGGAGGAGACAGCGGGUCUGCGUGUCGGCACUGGAGAACACAUACUCUCUGUAGGAGUAUAUAUUAAAAACAAAGUGUACAGAAUUCAGUGACUUUUUAAAACAGUAGAUUUACCUCAGAAACUGGCUCUGAAAUGUCCUCUCUGGAGAUGGUGGGUUGGGCUGGGUUUCCCAGACUCUGUGCACGUGUGGAGGCCCACACUGCAGCAGCCAUGCAUCGAGCAAUACAAGGCCAUCCUGGAAUUUUGUUUCUGCACCUCUUGGCAUUUAAAAAAAAAGGGAUGGGGAUACAGUGGGGUCUGUUCACUGCUGGGUUGUAGAGAAGAGCUGGAAAUCCAUAAAUGAUGGUGUGCGUCCAGCCAGCUGGAGUCUGUUCAGUCCUGAAUCCUGAGACAUCUUUGUGUGCCUGUGACGCCCUGGGCAGCAGGGACAGAGUGAGCUGUGUGCCAUGAGUGGGGACAGAGCAAGGUGUGCACCAUCACCUCCACACAGGAGGAGGAUGCUGUGCUGCACUGAGGCCAUGGAACGCUGCUUUUCUGGAAGGUUUCAGAGUGAACAAGGACUGGUGACAAACCUGUGGUAAAGUAUGGAGUAACUUACACAGUUUGGAGAUCCUUCAUCUCCCUUUCCCUGCACACUUUUCUUUUUUUUUUUUUUUUAAUUAAUAAGAAGACAACCCAAUGGUCUCUCUACAGUCAGGUAUAAGCAGUCAGGAGGCUUUGGCACCACCACGUUCCUCGGUGUGAAGCUGCCCAGCGGCACAGGGGGGUCUCGGUUCAGAGAGUGUCAUCCUGCAUGAGAAGCAUGAGCCAUAUUUGACCGUGUCAGAUGCAGAACCGAUCUGAUGGGUGACACUUUGCACUUUCUGUACUGUACCAUAUAAUACAACUGUUUGAGUUAUGCAAAGGAACCUACAUUUUGUUUUACCCAGAGAAAAAAUAUGCAGAAAGCUGGGGAUUGCAUGGUCCUUUCUGAUAAUCCAGACUCCGCUCUAAGCGCUGAAUCCAAGACGCUCUGUGCUUCUCCUGCAGCUUUUCCUUGUACAGAUUUCCAUGCAAUACCCCAUGGUUUGAUUUGUCACUUCCCCAUGGUCAUGUACUAAUGGCUCCUUAAUGUCCAUCCUUCCUCCCUGCUAUCUCUGACCCUGCUGCUCUGUCUGUGCCUGGGCAAAGAUGCCCGCGAACCCUCCUGCCUCACCCAGCAGCCACCCACCCCUGCCCGGGCCUUUGCUUUGUCUCCCCUUCAUCUUCCUCACCUCUUCAGCACCACUGCGGACCCCAGCUCUGCAGGAGGAGCAGCUUGACUUCCAGAAGGUGGAGGAGGCACCGGCCAGAGCAGCAGAGCCCACUGGUCCUGCCAGGGCUUGUGUCUCAGCCUGGGAGCUCACCCUCAUGUGAGGCCGCCUGCACCUCCAUAUGUGCCCCUCUCUACCUGCCCCUCCACGCCUGCACUUCCAUAUCCAUACCUGCACACCUGAACCUUCAUAUCUGCCCCUCCACGCCUGUGCCUCCACGCACCGGGCACGGAGCGGGGUCACAGACCCGUCGGGACCGGCUGGUGCCUGUCCCUGUCCCGUGCCCAGCGCACGUGUCCCCUUGCUCUGCCAGCCCUGUAUAUAUUGCCCUACUUGCUUAACUGCUGGAAAGUAACUGUUAACCUGUAAACUGUAAAAAAUAGGCUAAGAUUAGAUAAAAGCCGAUGCCACUCACCAAAUCUUUGCACUUAGUAGGUAGCUCGAUGUAAAAAUAAACCCAGUAAUAAUAAUAGUAACCCUGAAGGGAAGCGAAGCCGCCGGCGCCCCUCUCAGAGCCCGGGGGGAGCAGCUCUGCCCGUGUCCCUCCCUGUCACGUUGGCAGGGACUACGGUGUGUGUGUGCUUGUCCGUGAACGUCCUUGGCGUUUGUAAUGACCACAGUUGGUUCAUGUUGGUGUUUAUUUCUCCAUCAUCCCCCUUUCCUGGCGCAGGCCCUGGCCCGGCCCAGCGCAGUGGCAGCAGAUGUUCCACCAGGCUGGGCUGCUCAGGGCCGUGUGCUGGGAAGGGAAGGACCCAUUUGGCACGAGCGCUGUGUAUCUGUUGCCAGUAAUUAUUAUUUUUGUUUCCGUUUAGUUCCUGGAGAACAUUCACUUUGCCAGUUUCCUUUUUUUUAAUAUUAUUUCCAAGAUGACUUGAGAGCAAACCUAUGUUCACUAGGGGUUUUAUUUCCUCCCUUCUUACUUUUGGAGAUACGGUACAAGUUCCAGUGUCUUUCUAUUAAAUUAUUGCCUUUCGUUUUCCUUUGUUUUGUUUUGUUGUGGGUUUUUAAUACAAUUGUUUUCUUAUCUUUAAGUGCCUUUUUGAGCACCAGAACAAACAGUUGGAGUUCAGGCCUGGGAGCUGUACACACAUGGGUUCGUCUGGGCAGCUGUGUUGUGCUGGGGGCGAUUGCUUUUAAAGUCCUUCCAUUUUUCUGUUUGAUGAAAAGGGAACCAAGACUUUUUGUUGGAGAAUAAACUCCCCCUUUGUAAUACAGUAUUCCAAGUGUAGUUUUAACUACUGUAAAUUUAAGGGAAGAAAUGUAUUUUUCUGUAAGCGAACUUGGCACAAAAUUGAGCCACGUACAUUGUAGGAGCAUCAUAACUGGAACCUGCUCAUGGUUUGUGAGUAACCAACCCUGACCCUCGGUACUGCCCCGAGGGCACAGACUGUGCGUGGGCCUCAGAGUUCACAGAGUUUCCCUGUGCCAGCCCAGGGCCGGGAGCGGGGUGGGGUGUGCUCCUGCCCCCCUGCAGCACCGCGGGCGAGGGGCCGCGCAGCCCCCGGGACCCCCAGCCCUGAGGGGGGGCGGCUGUUCCUCUGCUGUGCAGAGCGAGCGCCAACCUUGGCCCGGCUCCCUCGGCCCUGCCCCAUCCAUGCCAUGGUGCCGGGGCAGUUUGGCCCUCGCCUGCCCUCACCAGGGCCUGGCAUGGCCUGCGAUGGUGCUGACCAAGUGUGAUGGUACCGCAGCAGAGCCCCUUCCCUGUACAGACCCUCAGCGGCGCGCGCGGUGCCGGGGCGGCGAUGACAGUGCACUUUGUUCCUUAGGCUGAAGUCCCCUGGUAGGUCGUUUUUGUAACCCCGGGUGUGUCAUUUAACUAGCGGUGUUGUGGUUCUCGGGGGCGGCAGUAGAUGUCCCGAGUCUGAUGUGCUUCGCGUGGCUGGGCCGUGAGCUGUGGUGGGGACGGGGUUGGUUACGCUGGGCAGCCGUGGGAGACUGUGGCUGCUGCCCCUUGUACCAGUCAUCCUCCUCCUCCCCGGUGUUGUCUCUGUAACGUAUGGUGAGAUGCCGUCAGCUAGAGUGUCUGAGUGGGUCCUUGUGUGUGCUGGUGAUGCCAUGUAGAUGAAGCAACUGGUUGGGUGUGGACUCAUCCCGUUGAAUAAACUGCUUAACUUUUCUCAAAAA